CCAGCAGGUGAGAGGCCCCAGGAGCAGAGCUUCUUGCGUCGGGGAGCCCAGCGCCCAGGGCAGGAGCCCCAGGUCUGCCAGUCUGGACCGCGGGCCUCUGGAAAGGGCCUCACCUCUCCAGUCUCAGUCUGUUCAUCCUUUAAGGCUGCGUUUUGGAGCUUCCCUGGUGGCCUCGUGGUCAGGGUUUCCGGCUUUCACCCUGGUGGCCUGGGUUCUAUCCCUGGUCGGGGACGCUGCAUGGUGCGGCCAGAAGUCCUGCCCAUCUCAGGGGCCAGUGGGUGAGGAGUCACGGCGGCAUGUCACCGGCCACAGCUGUGCCAGCACCUGCCGGUUCCCUGUUCCUCCCGUGAGUCUGUGACUUUGGCCUCUGGCGUCCCCUUAGGGACCCCAAGAGGAUGAGGCGCCAUAUCAAGCCCUGAAACAGCAGACAGGCCUCAUAGUUUGGCUCCCUCUGACCUCCCCCCAGAGGUUUUGCGCUGACGCUGUGCACCUCUGUACCGAGCUCAGCACUCGCCAAGCACCCCCGCUUCCAGGAGGUGGUCAGGGUGGGCCUCACGUGAGCACUCAGCAGCGAGGAUGCUCGCAUGCCCCGAGUCCUCGGCUGGCAGGGGCGCUGAGCCAGCCCUCACCCGCCUCUCCCGCCCCCUCCCCUCUGGCGGCAGUGAUGAACCUCCCAGUCACACCCAAGGGGGAGGUCGGGUCUCCGCGCGGGACUGAGGGAGACAGAGUAUCCUUCCUCCCAGCCUCGGCACUUCCUCUCACUCAGCAGUGCCUGACGGGGGUCCGCAGGGGCUGGCCAUCCAGGGGAGGGCACGGCUGGGUACCUGCCCUGAGGAGCCCGCAGGCCAGGAGAACCAGGAGACUGCCGGGUCGCCCAGCCCCAGAGUUCCACAGAACUGGCCAUGUCUUCAGAAGCUGUUUGCUAUGGGGGCUCUACCAGUAAAGUAAAUAGACAGGGCUGUUCCCUCUGGGCCGCCCUCCCAGCUCUGACAACAGCAUGCCUCCUGCAAUGGAGGCUAGAUAGACAGGCCGGGGAGGCGAUGACGUGAGUAAGGCCAGUCGUGUCUGUUUGCUGAACGUGUAAUCAGAGAUGGUGCAACUGAUACUUCUCUCUCUGCGUGACGGGGCUACUGCUUAUGCUAAGCCCAAACACUCCCAGUAAUAUAUUCGGCAGUGACUCAUCUUACUGAUCCUAGUCACAAACUACUGAUUAGUAGUUAUGAACACAAGUAUACACACACACGCACACAUAGGUAUGGGCGGUCAUCCAGUGCUGGGGGUCAGAGCUCAGCCCUAGGGGUUCUGAGUUAUAAUUCUUAGUCUGCCACAGUGUUAGGGUUCUGUGGAGAAAGAACCAAGAGCGAGUGUGUGUGUGUGUGUGUGUCUGUGUAUGUGUAUGUAGAGAGAGAGAUUUAUUUUAAGGAAUUGGAUCAUGUAAUUAUGACGAUUGGCAACUUGAAAUUCUGCAGGCAGGCCAGCAGGCUGGAGGCCUGGGGGCAGUGACGAUGGAGCUCUAGUUGGAAGCAGCCUGCAGGGAGCAUUCCUUCUGCCUUGCGGAGGCCUUGAUCUCGUCUUCCUAAGGCCCUCAGCUGACUGGCAGGGGCCUCUCACAUUAUGAGGAGUCCUGAUUUAAAUAUCAGUAGUAUCAAAAAAUACCUUCACAGUAACAUGUUAGACUGGAUUUGACCAAAAACUGGAUUUCAUGGGUACCUAGCCUGGCCGAGCUGACACAGAAUUAGCCACUGUCAGCACAUCACCUAGCCUUCUGAGCCUGUUUCCUCAUCUAUGAAAGAGUCUUAAGAAGACCUGCUUGAAGGGUUGUUGCAUGGGUCACAUGAGGCUGAUGCGUGAAGCAUCCAGUGGAGGUCCUGACACACUGGGCGUGCAUUGAACACGUAGCCCUUGCAGGGGUUCUCGGACUGAGGGUCCAAUCCCAGUCCUACCAUGUACUGCACGGUGACCUUGGACAAAACCUGUAACUUCCUGGGCCUCAGUCCCCUCAUCUUUAAAUGGUGGCAGUUACUGACUCCCAGGGUGUUUUGAAACGAUGUUCAUGCUCAAUUGCUCAGUCAUGUCCGACUCUUUUGUGACCCCAUGGACUGCGGUUCGCGAGGCUCCUCUCUCCCUGGGAUUCUCCCGUGGGGAGAUCAUGGGUGGGCAAGGAGCCUUCAGAAGUGGGUCCCUUGAGUGGGGAACAUUCUGCCAUUAUCACUUUUGGGUUAGAUAUGGUGAUGGUUGGAGAAUAAACUUUUAAGCCAGGUGGUGAACAGGGAAGAAACAGAACUUUAUCUUUGGAAAGCUCACCAUGCAGUGACAGGAAUACCCCAAUACACCGGUUCCCCGCAGCAAGCCCGCCCCUGCAGGACACAGGCGCUCCACGCGCCCCGCCCCUCAGCUUCCGGCCCCUCGGCUCCCAGCCCCUCAGCUGCUGGCCCCUUUCUGCCGUGUGCCAGUUCCUCGUGUUCUCUUCCGCCUCACACAGGCGGGGCGGGGGGCUGGCGCUCUCCCAUCACUCCUGCUCCAGGCCUCCCUGCCUCCCCAUGGCCUUCCACCACCUGGCGGGGAGCAGACGUACCUGGGCGCCGGCGCUGCCCUGCGCCUCUCUCUCCCCAGGCCAGUUUGCAGCUCUCCUGACUGCUCCCCGCCACCCCCGGGACGCUCACUGGGGCCUCUCCCUGCCGUCCAGAGAUCUGCCUGCGUCACUGGUACAAGGGCUUGGCACCUUGGCUUCUUCCAGGCGGAGCAGGGCAGGCGGAGCAGGGGUGCCCAGUCUCGUUCGGAGCUCUCCCGGCCUCACAACAAGACGACCCUCCGCCCCAGUCUUGGUUUCUGUGACGCCAUGGAGAAGAGGAGCCAGCAGCCAGAGGAAGGAGAAGGCCCGGCCCCUGCCAUGUGGGCACAGGCUUGGGAACUGCAGAACCUUACUAAGUCCCCUCCUCACCGAAGCGGAUUUACACAGCACUGCCAAGGUCCAGGAGCUCUCUGUUAGCUCCUGUGCUCCUCACCAUGACUCUAGACAGACGCCGCUGUCAACUCCAUUUGCAGAGGGGACAUGCCCAGGGCACAGAGCUUAGGUCUGAGUCUUGGACCCCGACUUGAACUGCCCACAGGGCUCUUGAAUCCAUUCUCACCUCCCACACCAGGCCUGCUGCUUCUGAGAACCUGGAACCAAGUUGGGGGUCGUCCAAAGCCCUGACCUUUGAGCCCAGAGAGGGGAGCGGUCACAUUCCCUGACCCCCUCGCCCGGCAGCAGCUCCCCCGCAGGCCUGCACCUCACUGCCUGCCCCGCCACCAGCCAGCCUUGCCGCUCGCUACCUUGGAUCCUGGUUUCCUCACCUCCGCUGGUUGAGGGCAUGGUCCGACUCCGGCUCUGCGCUCAGCAAGUGCACAGCAAAAGUCUAUUGAGUGAAGAGAGAGGGUGACAUUGCCACAAGCCGUGCCAGCAGCAACCAAGUGACCAGACGCCUGCCAGCCCUCCAGAGCCACAGUGGGGACAAGGAAGCGCCCCUCUUCAUGGGGAGGUGGGAGCAGCCUGGGGUGAUAGGUCACUGUGAACCCAGGUUCGGUGGAGGAGGUGGCCUUCGAGAUCCAAAGAGAACGUGAGUAGAGACGUGCCGAGGCUAGCGGGGGAGGCAGACGUGCAAACCACAAAAGAAACACCGCUUAUGAGAAGCACCAGAAAGCGAACAAACUCACAGACCACAGAUGGGGAGGAACCGCCGGAAACCCUCCCUGCCCGCGUCUGCGCAGGUCUCCACAGAGCCUCGUCACAUGUUGUCUCGUUUUCUCCCAGCAGCUGAUGACGUGAACCCCAUGCCCUCCAGGAGCGGCAGGUCCUGCCCGGCCCCUCCAGCCAGAGGGCACCGAGGCCCAGGCGCCCAGGCGGCUGGAGGACCCUCAGUCCAGAGUCGCCGGGCACCUGCCCUACAUCCAGCAGCAGCACCCUGGCAGAUGGAGGCCCUGCCCUGUGGCCCUUAAGUCCUGAUGGGGGCGCCCAACUCUGAGUGCACUCAAGGGUCCCUGAGACCGGAAGGGCUGCCUCCCCUAGGCUCCCCGCUCCCCCGCCACCCCCCGCAGUGAGCACCCCUGUCUUCAGGCUGAGCGACACAGCUGCAGCCCAUGGAGCACCUGGCCUCUGUGACUGGCCUGGCUUUUCAGGAAGCAGGGGCCGUGUCACCCCUACCCUCCCAGCCGGGAGGCGAGCAGCUGCUGCAGCCUGCCGUUUCCUUCUCCCGGGAUCUUCCCGACCCAGGGAUUGACCCUGUGUCUCCUGCGUCUGCUGCACUGGCAGGCGGAUUUGUCUACCACUGGCCUACCUGGGAAGCCCUCUGUCUGUUUAUUCGGUGCACCAGGUCUAGUGGCGGCAUGCAGGGUCUUCGCUGCCGCCCUCGGGGUGUCUAAUUGUGGCUGUCGGGCUCAGUAGUUGCAGCGCCCCGCUUUAGCUACCCUGCGGCAUGUGGGAUCUUAGUUCCCCGGCCAGGGAUUGAACUCAUAUCCUCUGCACUGGAAGGCAGAUCUUAACCACAGGACCAGGGAAGUCCCAGGAAUCAAGAUCUUGUGCAGAGUGACUGUACUGUAGAGGGCAGAAGGCAGCCCGGAACACGUUACGUCUGGGCUGAUCACCGUGGCUGGGGUCUCCCUGUAGCACCGUCUGCUCCAGCUCCUCUGCUCUGGGGAUUUGGCCCCUGCCCCUGAGGUGGGUGUGCACUCAUCAGGGAAGAAGGCAGAGGACGGCAGGCUGUCAGGCUAGCCUGGCAGGGGAGACAGGCAAUCUGUGGCAUCACGAAGCAGCUUUGUGCUGGGGCUCAGUCAGGCCCCCUUGCCGGGGAGGGCUUGUUUCUGAGCGUCCAAGGAGGCGUUCAGGAGAGGCCCCCAGCACUCCUUAGUGAGUCAGCUGGCAGCACUAAUACCCCGAAGCCCCCUGUGGUCAACUGCUUUCCUCACUGACACUCUCAAUCCGGGGCUCAGACGUCUGUGCCUUUAUUAGUAAUAGGAAAACACUCAAGGAAGUUCAGCCUGCUGCCCGGUCAAUGUGAUUGAGACUUCUGCUUUUUCUGCUCAAUCAAGCAAGAAAUUCCAUGGGAAUGAACUUGAGCUUCUUGAGAGACUCUUCACAGCAUCUCUGGAGUCCAUGCAGGAAUCAGACUUCUGGGACCUCUCCCAGAGCUGCUCUCCACUCUCACUGCUGGACCAACUGCAGAUGGGCUGUGACGGGGCCUCGUGUGGCAGCCUCAACAUGGAGUGUCGGGUGUGCGGGGACAAGGCGUCGGGCUUCCACUACGGCGUUCACGCAUGUGAGGGAUGCAAGGGCUUCUUCCGUCGGACAAUCCGCAUGAAGCUGGAGUACGAGAAAUGUGAGCGGAUCUGCAAAAUCCAGAAGAAGAACCGCAACAAGUGCCAGUACUGCCGCUUCCAGAAAUGCCUGGCACUGGGCAUGUCGCACAAUGCCAUCCGUUUCGGCCGGAUGCCAGAGGCUGAGAAGAGGAAGCUGGUGGCGGGGCUGACAGCCAACGAGGGGAGUCAGCACAACCCCCAGGUGGCCGACCUGAGGGCCUUCUCCAAGCACAUCUACAGCGCCUACUUGAAGAACUUCAACAUGACCAAAAAGAAGGCCCGCGGCAUCCUCACCGGCAAGGCCAGCCACACGGCGCCCUUUGUGAUCCAUGACAUCGAGACGCUGUGGCAGGCGGAGAAGGGCCUGGUCUGGAAGCAGCUGGUGAACAGUCUCCCCCCCUACAAGGAGAUCAGCGUGCACGUCUUCUACCGCUGCCAGUGCACCACGGUGGAGACCGUGCGUGAGCUCACCGAGUUCGCCAAGAGCAUCCCCAGCUUCAGCGACCUCUUCCUCAACGACCAGGUGACCCUGCUCAAGUACGGUGUGCAUGAGGCCAUCUUCGCCAUGCUGGCCUCCAUCGUCAACAAGGACGGGCUGCUGGUGGCCAACGGCACUGGCUUUGUCACCCGGGAGUUCCUGCGCAGCCUCCGAAAGCCCUUCAGUGACAUCAUUGAGCCCAAGUUCGAGUUUGCCGUCAAGUUCAAUGCCUUGGAACUUGAUGACAGUGACCUGGCUCUCUUCAUUGCAGCCAUCAUUCUGUGCGGAGACCGGCCAGGCCUCAUGAACGUGUCUCAGGUGGAGGCCAUCCAGGACACCAUCCUGCGCGCCCUCGAGUUCCACCUGCAGGCCAACCACCCCGACGCGCAGUACCUCUUCCCCAAGCUGCUGCAGAAGAUGGCCGACCUGCGGCAGCUGGUCACGGAGCACGCCCAGAUGAUGCAGCGGAUCAAGAAGACUGAGACAGAGACCUCGCUGCACCCCCUGCUCCAGGAGAUCUACAAGGACAUGUACUGAAGGUGGCGUCCGGGGCCGGCGCCCCCGCGGGGCUUCUCCUGUGAUCAGCCCCUGAGCGCUGGGCGCCCAAGCAGCGGGCUCGCUCUCACUUGGCAGGACUCACGGCUUCUGGCUCCCUGAACCCCAGCCUCCCUUCCCUCCUCAGCGCCUCCGUCUGCUCUCGUUUCUCUGCUCCUUCUCUUCCUUCCUCACUGUGGGUCUCAUGCUUCCUGCCUCUCUCUCCCUCCCUCUCUCUCUCCCCCUCCCCGUGUCUGUCCCUCUUUGUCUUCCUCUGAGACAGUUUGUGUCACUUCACCAGCAGCUAGAACAGGGCCCGAGCAGGAGGAGUGCGGCCUGCCCUCUGUUCCACGGUCACCUUCUCCCAUCUUCACAGCCGAGGACCCCAAAGAAACACUAAGUGCUCUGGGCCUGGCUUCCUGGGGAAGCCAAGCAGCCCUGAGUUGACUGCAGAGCAACACCUCGUCCCUGGGUCCCUGUCGGGGGCCAUCUCCCCCAGAUGGUCACUGCUCUGCUGAGGCCAUAGCUGCCCCCCGAUACCCGCCAUUCUCCUGGUCUUCUUUUCACUGAGCUUCCAGGCCAGUGUCACUGAUGACCCCCUGUGCUGGCCGCUGGGGUACACCCCUCCAGGCUGGAUAGAGGUGGGGUUCCCUCCGGGUGGGGGUCCCCACACCUCCACUGAAGAGAAGCGAGCUUCAUGGGAGUCGGAGAUUAAUGUGGUAGAUCCCCCACCAGCACCCCAGCUCUCCCCCCUGCAGCCGCCGAGUCCUGUCACCGUGUCAGCUCCGCAGCUCCCCCGUGCCCCAGCCCCUGCCAGGGCCUGGCCACACACCCGCCUGUGCCUGCAGGAGGCUGCAGCUCCCGCCCACACACUCCCCCCAGCACAUACCCCAAGAGCACUGAACUCACUUUACCUGGGGCCUCCUCGCCCCCCUCCCUCCCCUCCUGGAGGCAGGUGAAGGCCCCGAGGGGCCAGGGGUGGCCACAGAGCUUUGCCCCAGUUCCCUGGGCUGGGCCAGAUCUCUGGGUGGGCGGGGGUUGGGGUCCUGCAAACCCAGCCCAGCACCUGCUCACAGAUCCUGCACAUCUGUGACCCCCAUUUGUUGCAACAGCUCUGCUGCGCUCCCCUUUCCUUGUAUUUGGCCCAGCUGGCCGCCUGGAACUCUCCCUGCACUGCCUUGGGUGACCAGGACCUCCAGGCCCGGCCCAGCUCCUUGCCCCGUCCGCCCCCCCACUGACGAGCACUUGCCACCUCCACCUCAGGAUGGGGGCCCAGUGGAGAGCAGAGCCCACCCAGGCUGCCUUUCCAGAGGGAAGUGGACUAGAGGGGUGAGGGUCUGGCUGGGUUCUCUGAGAAAGGUAUCAGGAGGCACGGGGUAAGAGCCCAGGCUUCCUGGGUCCUGUCUGGUCUUCCCCAGGGGCCCUUCCACACCCCCGCGAUCACUCUCUAUGGCAAAAUUCUUCCCUCUGGUCCCUAUUCUUCCCUCCCUGCCCUCUCUCCCCUGCCACACACACCAUCCUCAUCCCCCACCCAGUCUGAUACUGAGGAAUGCAGCUCUUCUCAGCGUCUGAACAGUCUCCAAAAUUGAAAUGUAUAUUUUUGCUAGGAGCUCCAGCUUCCUGUGUUUUUAAUAUAAAUAGUGUAUACAGACUGAUGGAACUUUAAAUAAAUGGGAAUUAAAUAUUUAA